AUGGCUGUUGUUGUUGUUUCGUUGAAUUAUGUCGGAUUGGAAACUCUCUUUCGCCCGUUCGAAGAGGCGGCCGUAUCUCUCGACGACUUGGGGUUUCUCCGAGCACAUAUGCGAGCAUGGCGUUGCGUCCUUGGCACUUUUUUUUUCUUCUCCUUUUUCACUGGACUGUUGACCCAGAGAGGUCAGGGACAUACGAGCUCAUGGUAUACGAUGUCCUUUUCCACUUGGAUCACGAUCUCGCCUUUGAGGGAACGAAGGUUGAUUAUGGGAAACGGAUGGUUAGCAAAGCGACGCCAUCUCAGCAUGGCCGUCUCCUGCUGCAUAUGCAUGCAGCUGUGCUGUCCGAGCUAG